AUGCGCGUAAGUCGACCGUCCGGCGUGGGACCCCGCCCCCCUCUCGCCCGUUGGCGUGCGCGAAGUAAACGCGGCGUUUGUUCGGGUCGACGGGGACCAGGUGACACGAUGCUUCUCAACUGUCUACUGUUGGCGUUAAUCCUCGGGGCGGCUUCCGCGAACGGCCUGCAAGAGCUGUUCCCGGAGCAGGGCCGGCGGUACAGCUUCGUGGUGAAGACGAACUCGUCUUCGGGGAUCCUGGCGCCGAGGGAGGGGAGCUCCUUCUGGACCCUGGAGGGGAGGCUGUCCGUCACGGUGUACGACAACUACACCAAGGUGCGCUUCAAGCUGGACGACCUGAAGACUUCGUACCAAUCCGAGGAAGCGGCGAGGUAUCUCAAGGAGACGUGGGAAGCGGAGUACCAGGCCAAUGGGUUCAUCAGCGGAAUCUACGUAGGCGACGAGCCGAAAUGGGCGACGAACAUGAAGAGGGCCCUCACAGUCAACUUCCAGAUGAAGAAGGACACUGGCACUUACGGGAACUACGAGCCUUGCUUGUACGAGAGCUGCCUGAUGGUAUACACAGUGGUGGGUGGCAGCGUGAAGAAGUACUGCAGCCUGAAGGUGGCUUCCGACAAGACUGAGCACAGCUGGAGCUCCGUGCCGUGGACCCAGGACUACGUCGAGCGGAAUGUGCCGGAGGUCGUCUCCACUUCGGAGCGGGUGUACGAGUUGGACGAAAGGCGCGGUCUGAGCUGCAUGAACAUGAACGGGAACUUCCAGUACAAAAUCCACGACCACGUGCUCUACGUUGCCUCCGAGCUCUCGCUGUACUACGACACGGAUGUCCCCGCUGGCUCAAUAGAGAAGCUGGACCUCUACCGCAGGGAGAUACAGUACGACGCCGGCGACUUCAGGAACCCAUCGAACUUCAUAAAGACCGAGACCCAGAACCACUUGAAGAACCGGACCCACGAGAUACUUCUCAAAAUCGCCAAGAAAGGCAUCGACGCGGACAACAUAGUGAAGAAUGAGGGUCUAAUACAUACGAUGGACUUCGUGGAUCUUCUGAACACGAUGUCGCAGCUGACCUACGAGUCGUUCUCUAAGCUCUUCGACGAGCUGGUCCUGGGCACCAGCUACGACCUGGAGACCGCCAGGAACAUCUUCCUGGAGGUGCUGCCCCACGGGCGGAGCGACGCCUGCGCCAGGUUCAUCAAGUACCUCGUGAUAGAGCAGAAGGAGAAAGUGGAGGACGCUGCCCUGCUGUCACUGUUAAGAAAGUUGCCGUACAACGUGGCCGACUACAGCCAGAACCUUCUCGAAGAGCUGGAGGUGUUCACCAGGCUGGGCCUGGACUUCCCGCAGCCGAUCAGGCACGCCGGGAUACUGUCCUUCGCCACUCUGGCCUCGAAGACCAUGGACGCCUCCCUGGUGAAGAGCGACUACUUCGACAACAUCGUUGUGAAGUACUUCAGGAUGUACAGCGACUGCCCUCAGUACCUGGACAGGAUGGUGUGGCUGCAGGGGCUGUGCACCCUCGGCUACGGGGCGGAGUCCUACAUUAGGACCAUCCACGGUGACGUCACGAGGAACCGCCACGAGAGGCUGUGGGCCUCCUUGGCAUGCGGCCCAGAGACUUCCAAGGGAUAUAUGGUCCUAGAGACGGCGUUACCAAUCCUCACCAACGACAAGGAGCACAUACAGCUGCGUAUCGCGGCUUUGCACGCGCUCCUCAGCUCCAACAUCAGCGCCAGCGACUUCCUCUUCAUCCACAACUACAUCAAGGGCUGCGGCAGCGACCAGCUGAAGAGGUUCUGGUACUCGACCGUCAAGACGCUGGAGAAGAACCGCUUCUUCCACGGCUAUAAGGCGGCAUCUUUCUACGUGCCGUUCAUCACGAACCAAGUGACCAACCCCGGCUCCACGUACUGGGCCACCAACAACCUGGUGUUCACCGUCGGUGAUGACGAGGACACCGCCUCCGUUCAGUUCUUCAGCGUGGGCGAGGCCUUCGGGCCGAUGCCCGCUAUGGGGGGGAUUAAGUUGUCCACUGGCGGCAGAAGACCAUACCAGCCAUCGAUCUACUUCAUCGGCGAGGGCCUCUCGUGGGUGUUCUUGAAGAAGCUGCUGCAGUCGAGGAACGUCAGCGAGGGCGGUCUCAUGGCGAUGCUGGAGAAACUGAACGCCUGGAAGUUGAGGACACCGGAGCCGGUGCACAUCGACAUCGUGAUGAAGAUUGGCGACAAGACGGUCUUCGCGACCCACAUCAACCAGUCAGAGUUGGCGCGAAGCUACAACGAAUUGUUCAAGCUGAUUGACGACUUCCUGAAGUACGGUAGUCACAUAAACCAGCAACUGGUCUACUACCCAUUCCAGAUGGACUGGAACAUCGCCAGCGAGUUGGGUACUCCCGUGAGGCUUCAGAGGACCAUAGUGGGGUUCUCCUCGGUAAGGGGCAAUCUGACGGCCGACCCGGACUCGGAGCGCCUGACCUGGGAGAAUGACUUGCAGAUCACGUACCAAGGGACCGCCGUGACCUCUCUGUCGACGGACGGACCGAUUCUCCUGUCGGAGCACACGACGAGGAUACAACAAUCGAUCGUGGCCCUGCUCCCGAUGAGGUUCAACGUCUCCUACCCAUUCUCCGAAAGGAAAAUACAGCUCACUCUGCUGUUCCCGUUCACUCAACGCGCCGGCCUGGCGCUGCAUUCGCGCGUGCUGGUGAACAUGGUGACCGUCGACGGCAGCUUCGAGAACAUCGUGAUCACCGGCAAAGAUACCUGCGAGAGGGACGAAGCGGAGAGCAUCACUGACGAGCAAACACUGUCCGGAGCGGAAACUACCGACAAGCUGAUGACUCACGUUUUCGACCUGCUGACGCCGCUGCGCUCCUCGCACAUCGCCCUGGACAGCGUGCUGCUGCUGAACUUCCCGCCCUCGGGCACCUGCGGGGCCACGAUCUUCGUCUCCAGCCUGCGCAACUACGGCGAGGGCAAGGUGGUGCUCGAGCUGGGCGUCAACAAGUGGGACUUCCUCCGCGAGGAGGACAAGAUCGACGUGGACUUCAGCUUCGCCGUCAGCUUCUACAUAUUGAACCGGAACCGCGAGGACCCAGUGAUCAAGAUCUAUUCUGAAGCCAGCGCCAGGAGCCAAGACGGCAAUUUGACGGCGGAGCUCGCCAUCAGGGGCAAACUGCCCGAUACGUUCCACAACAUCAGCGAUAGAUAUAUCCGGCUGUGCUACCUCCAAGAGGUGUCGACCCAGACCUCCGCGGAGCAGGACCUCUACUCGUACCCGUCCGCGUACCAGGGCCAGGUCGUGCUGCUGCUGGACUUCUCCAAGGAGUACCGCACCUGCUACGAGAGGGCCGAGAACAAGUUGAGGGUCCGCUACAAGGGCACCCCGAGGACCUCUAACGGAGCCCUGGAGAGGCACGUAGAGUUCCAUGUGGAGGGGAAACAAGGCAUCGACCUGGUGCGCCACUUGCUGCCGAAAAGGGCCCUGGAGACGGCCAAGGAGCUGUUCACUGGGCGGUACGACAAGGACUCCGUGAACGCUGUGGCCGACAUGAAGGAGAGGAACGGCGUGAUCCACGUGAAGGCGCAAGACGGCAGCGAGGUGAAGUUCAAGUCGGAGAACCUCGGCUGGCUCCUGGACAGUUUCACCACCAUGCAGCUGAUGACGAAAUAUGGGCUGUACCGCGAGUGCCGCCUCCAGGAGUCCACUGUGGAGACCCUUUUUGGGACCACGGAGCAGCUCCUGCCUCUGCAGCAGACCGACGCUAUCGCGCUGGCUGACUGCUCCGAAUUCUCCAGCUUUGCCGUCCUUCGUCAGCCAAAUGGCGGCGUGAAGGUGCACGCGGCAGAGAACAGUGUCGUCGUGAGAGGGGAUGCCGCCAACAUGACAACAGAUGUGCCCCACUUCAGGAUAAGGACGAUUGGCGACGGCGUCAAAGUGUCGUCUCUGAUUACGGGUGUUACGGUCUACGUCCGCCGCUACGAGACCGUUAUCCUCGUGCCGCACUCCUAUGUGGACACCCUCUGCGGCGAGUGCGUAGGCGGCACGGUCUACGCAGACUACUCG